AUGCAGUCCAAGGUCGUCGCCGCUCUUUUCUUCUCUACUCUGGCCCUGGCUGCUCCGGCUCCUCAGGCUACCAGUGACUCGACCGUCACCGACGGCUCGGGAUUCGAUCUUGGAGAUGCUGCUGACGCCCUCUCCGAUGUCCCCAGCUCCAUCUUGAGUGUUCUGGAGACCGCUAUCCCCGCGUCAUGGUACAACGAUCUCGCCGACCCGGCUUCGCAGUCCUCCAUGAUCGCUGCUAUGGAGGCCGGUACUAUGCCCGCUUGGUAUAACAACCUGCCCGCCAGCGUCAAGGCCUGGGCUACUUCCGCUGAUGAGUUCGGCCUGGCUGAUGUCACUGCCACUGCCGACUCUGCCGAUUCUACUGACUCUCCCUCUGGCUCGACUGGCUCUGCCGCUGUCCAGACUACUGCUGCAUCCACCUCGUCAGCCUCUGAGUCAGCCUCCGUUGCCUCUGUCUCUGGCUCUGCUGCUAUGCAAACUACUGCUACAUCCACCUCGUCAGCCUCUGAGUCAGCCUCCGUUGCCUCUGUCUCUGGCUCUGCUGCUAUGCAAACUACUGCUACAUCCACUUCGUCCGGCUCUGCCUCUGCUUCCUCUAAGGCCGCUUCCUCAACCUCCACUGGCGGUGCUCCCAUCGCGACUGGCAGUGUUGCCAUGAGCCUCGCCGGCGCCGUUGGCCUGCUGGGUCUUGCCAUUGCCCUGUAG